ACCCUCAUCACCCUCCAUCCAGCUUGCUCACUGUCCUCUCUUUCAUACCACCACCACUUAUAGUCCUCAGCAUCAAAAUGGGUGUCCUUGAUGUUGUCCCCGCGGGUGUCCUCACUGGAGAUAACGUCCGCAAGCUGUUCGAGUGGGCAAAGAAGGAGAAGUUUGCUAUCCCUGCCAUCAACUGCACCUCCUCUUCCACCGUGAACGCCGUGCUCGAGGCCGCUCGCGACAUCAAGUCCCCCAUUAUCAUCCAGGUCUCCCAGGGUGGUGCAGCAUAUUUUGCCGGCAAGGGACUCGACAACAAGAACCAGAACGCGUCUAUCGUUGGUGCUAUCGCGGCUGCUCACCAUGUCCGCCUCGUGGCCAAGGCAUACGGCGUCCCUGUCGUUAUGCACACCGACCACUGCGCUAAGAAGCUCCUUCCUUGGUUCGAUGGUAUGCUUGAGGAGGACGAGCGGUGGAUGAAGUCACACGGUGAACCCCUCUUCUCUUCUCACAUGCUCGACCUUUCCGAAGAGUCCAAGGAGGAGAACAUUGCACUGUGCGCCAAGUACUUCGAGCGUAUGGCCAAGAUGGGUCAGUGGCUCGAGAUGGAGAUCGGGAUCACUGGUGGUGAGGAGGACGGCGUGAACAACGAGGAUGUCGAUAACGCCAGCCUAUACACCCAGCCUGAGGACGUCUUCGAUGUCUACAAGACCCUCAGCAAGAUUUCCCCCAACUUCUCCAUCGCUGCUGCCUUCGGUAACGUCCAUGGUGUCUACAAGCCGGGCAAUGUCAAGCUCCACCCAGAACUCCUGCAGAAGCAUCAGCUGUAUGCUGAGGAGCAGCUCAACGUCAAGGGCACAAAGCCUCUUUUCCUUGUCUUCCAUGGUGGCUCCGGUUCAACUAAGGAAGAGAUCGAGACGGCUGUCAGGAACGGUGUGGUUAAGAUGAACGUCGAUACGGACACGCAGUACGCCUACCUUGUCGGCAUGCGCGAUUUCUUCCAGAAGAAGGCUGGCUACCUCCAGACCCAGGUCGGCAACCCCGAGGGCGCGGACAAGCCUAACAAGAAGUACUACGAUCCUCGUGUCUGGGUCCGUGAGGGCGAGAAGACGAUGUCUGACCGUGUCAAGGAAGCGUGCCGCGAUCUCGGCAACGUCGACCGUCUCUAAAUCAUCUCCGAACUUCUCUUCUGCCCUCACCCCAUGCUGACCGCUCCAACACCCGGGUUGACAGGGCAAUCUGCCGGACCGUUCCCUUCUGAAUGGGUUGUACCUGAAUGAAUGUGCGUUCAGGUAAGUCAUGGACGGGAUCCAUGUGAAUCGAAUAGCAAAAAAUAAGUAAUGUCAAUCCGAAUGAGAAAUCAUCUGUAUGCUGUA